UGAUGAGUCUUGGAAUGUCGACACUUAGAUGGUGUCCACACAAGCUCGAGUAGCAGGCUUAUCCAUCUGUAGCCUGUACUGUCCUAUAUAUAAAGACUCUAGCUAGCCACUCAUCCCCUCAUCACAAAAGAAAAGGAAGCAUUAUUGCACCCAAAAACUCAGCUGCUAAGAGCGAGCAAUGGACCACGCAACAGGUGCCAUGGGCAGCCUGCUCCUCAAGCUUGGCAAACUCCUCAAGGAAGAGUACGACCUGCAGAGAGGCAUCAAGGAAGAUAUCCAGUAUCUCGAGAGAGAGCUGGAGAGCAUGCAAGCUGCCCUCCGCAAGGUCGGCGACGUGCCACGGGACCAGCUCGACGAGCAAGUCAAGCUCUGGGCAAACGAGGUCAAAGAUCUUUCAUACAGAAUGGAGGAUAUCAUCGACAAGUUCCUGGUACGUGUUGAGGGCCCUGAGCCUGACGACAAGCAGCACAAGCUCAAACAACUCAUCAAGAAGAUGGGCGACUUGUUCACCAAGGGCAAGCCAAGCCAUGUCAUCGCAAAAGAGAUCAAAAGCAUGAAGGCCCGCGUCCAGGGAGCUGCUGACCGGCGUGAUAGGUACAGGGUCCACGAGGUGGUUGCUAAUCCAGUUGGCGCAACCACGGUCGACCCUCGCCUGUUGGCUCUAUACAAGGACAGGAAAGAGCUCGUUGGCAUUGAUGAUUCAAUGAAUGAGCUGACCAAGAAGCUGAGUGUCGGGGAUGGUGAUGUGUCCAAACAACUCAAGAUACUCUCUGUUUUUGGAUUUGGAGGCCUUGGCAAGACAACUCUUGCCAAAGCAGUGUAUAAUAAGAUACGAUCGCAGUUCGACUGUGGUGCUUUUGUACCAGUCGGGCGGAACCCUAGUCUGAAGAAUAUUUUAAAUGAUGUCCUCCUUGAGAUUGAUGGGCAAAAGCAUGACAACUUGGAUGAAAGACAGCUCAUCAACAAGCUCCAAGGAUUACUCCGGGAGAAGAGGUACAUCAUUGUUAUUGAUGAUAUAUGGGAAACAAAAACAUGGGAAAUAGUUAGGUGCAUUUUUGUGCAUAAUAAUUUGGGGAGCAAGAUAAUCACAACUACCCGUAUUCAUGAAGUCGCUGCAAAAGCCGGUGAAAUAUACAAGAUAAAACCACUCUCUCAUGCUUUAUCUGAGGAGUUAUUUUGUACUAGAUUAUUUUAUGGAAGAAAUGUAUGCACUUCUGAUCAGCCAGAAGAGGCAUACAACAAGAUUUUGCAAAAAUGUGGUGGCGUACCUUUGGCUAUAAUCACAAUAGCAAGUUUGCUUGUUGGUAAACCAGUGGAGGUUUGGUCUAAGGUAUACAACUCAAUUGGUUUUGGGCAUGAAGAUAAUGAAGAUGUCGAUAACACGAGAAAGAUAGUUUUAUUUAGCUACUAUGCUCUACCUUGUCAUCUGAGGACAUGCUUAUUAUAUAUGAGCCAAUAUCGAGAAGAUUCAUAUAUUCUAAAAGAUAGUUUGAUAUCAAGGUGGGUUGGUGAAGGUUUUGUCCAAGAAGAACAAGGGGCGGGAUUGUUUGAGAUCGCUGAGAGAUAUUUCAACGAGCUGGUUAACAAAAGCAUCUUGCAGCCAGCAGAGAUUCUGCACCAUGGCAUCAUAAGUCAUUGUUCUGUCCAUGAUAUGGUCCUUGAUAUGGUACGUCUAUUGGCUAAGGAAGAAAACUUUCUCACUAUAGUGGAUAGUCACGAGCAGCAAACAUAUCCAGUAUACCGCAAUAUUCGUAGGCUGGCCAUUCGAAAUAAAAACCGUCUGGUUGACACACACAUGCCACAAGUAAGGACAUUUAAUUCCAUGUGCUUUGAUGAAUGUCACCCAUCGCUUUCAUGCUUUCAGUUUUUACGUGUCCUAUCUCUAGCAGGUGGCAUUUCUUAUAUAGACACCACAAAUCAUCUGGAACGUCUUGGAAAGUUGGUCCACUUGAGGUAUCUUGGACUAGCGCAGAUGAAUAUCCAUGAGCUCCCAAAGGAAAUAGGGGACCUAAAGUUCUUACACACACUAGACUUCCUUGAGGUUAGACUACAAGAAUUGCCACAGAGUGUUGGUCAGCUAAGUCGCCUGAAGUGUCUGUGGCUUGAAGCCACCAACACAAGAGUCCCAGACUGGAUCGGGAACCUGACAUCUCUGGAAAUGCUAUGCGUGAACAGUGUUGAAGAUUCCUCGAACUUUGUGAAUGAGAUUGGCAAACUUGCAGAGCUGAGGAAACUCCGCAUUGGUGGAAGUUUAUGUCUGCCCAGUGCGGCCAUGGCAAAAGCUUGGGCGGAGUCACUUGUGAAACUGCAGAAAAUCCAAGUCAUAGACAUUGCUUGCAUUGAGUCAGGUGGGUAUGAUGAUGUCACCUGCUCCUGGGAAGGCUAUGCCCUCUCUCGACAGCUCCGUGUUCUGCACUUGUCGUACAGACAACCAGGGUUGCUAGCAAGGAUUAAUCCGUUGCUUCUUCCAAGCCUCUCUAAUUUAGAAGUACACGUGGACGCUCCAGAUCUUCAGAUCUUUGGAAUGUUUCCAGAGCUGGUCACUCUUAAGCUGAACACCCCAAUCGGCCUCCACCAUAAUGCCAUGGGAGCUGUAGGUGCUUUCCCCAAGCUAAGAGUUUUCACUACGCGUGGAACGCCCGGCCGGUUUGUGAAGGGAGAUAUGCCAUGCCUUGAACACCUCGAGUUCCGCAUCAAUUUUGUGCAGGAAUCCAAUCUUGAGUUUGACUUUGCUAGCUUGGUGAACCUCCCUUUGCUUCAGAAAGUUAAAGCCUAUAUAGUGCAUGAUCCUGCUAUCGUCCCUCGUGCGGACCUCCACAAGGCAGUGGAAGUGGCAAGGCAUGCGAUUAACAUCCUUCCCGACCCUUCCAUACUUGACUUCUUUGCGAUGCCGAUCAGUUCUGACUGAGCUAAGCUAGCUAGUUGUGCAUGGAUCUCCACCUACAUCAAGGCUGGCAUCUGGUGUUAAUAAACUACCACGGAGAAAAGAAAAGGACAACAAGAGAAAUUUCGGUUUGUUUGCUUUAUUUGGAAAACAAUAAAAAAAAUGUCGUUUGUAACAAAGGUAAAAUAAAAUGGCAAAAAAAGAGUGUUUGUUUAGUUUAUCGCCUUCUGCAGCAAAGAAAAAAAUCACAAAAAAAACUUCGCUUGUUGGUUUUGUUAUCUAUUGUAGCAAAGUAGAAAUGAAAAUCACAAAAAAAAAUGUUUAGUUGCUUUGUGGAAUCGAGUAGCGUUUACUUCCAGAAAAAAAAAUCCAAAAAACAAAGGAUCUUCGCGUUUUCGUACCACUUAUGUUGUGUGUGUAUUUGAGUUUGUUUCUUGGGUUUUGGUUUUGGGGGUCAGAUGUUUGUCUAUACGUGUUUUUCAGUUGGAAGGGGGUGGGGGUGGUGUAACGCUGCCUAUGCCAAUAUGAUGUUACACUUCAUGUUGCAUAGCCGGUCCCAAGCCCGGAAAAAGGAGGGACCAAACAUCUACUAAUUAACCAAAUGUGGUGAUGCCAUUUUAUGUUCUUACGGUUGAUUGUAUCCUUUAUUUGUAUUGUUUGUUCUUUAUUUUCUUAAAUACCUUGUUCGGGUAUAGAACAUCUUAGUUCAGCAUACCUAGUGAUUCAGGGUUGACUAUUUCUGAACGCUCAAGGGCUUAUUUGUGAACAAAUCGUUCCCCAAGGAAUUAUGCCAAGAAGACGAGCAUCUGGUUUUCUUUGUAGGCUCUCUCUGCCACACAAAUCCUUGACUCCUUUUUCAUGUCUCGGAGAGAGCAUCUCAGACAAGUAAUUUUUUUGUAUGUACAGUAGUCUCAGCAGAAAAAGACUUCUAUCGUCAUCUGGAAAAUUAACUUCAUGAUCAUUUCUUAGUCUCGCUCUAAAAUGCUUUUCAGAGGUUAGUCUCACCAGUAAUUCUUUGUUUCUUGACAGAACCGGAGUAUGCAGCUUUCGGAUGAUGAAUACAUGGUUACUCUUUGGAAAUAACUGAAGCACUACUUCUAUGGAAGUGGAGUGGAGUAUAAAUAUUUCUUCCUUCUCUGGCCCAAUGGUUUCUUUGAUUUCAUUUCCAUUUAAUGUUACUUUUUUCUGACGGUGAGCUCUUCCAUGUCCAGACGCAUAUGAAAUCUUCGUAAAUAACAGCCUGUCCACAAAGCUAUAUGGAGACGCUGUUGCGCUGCUGGGUUAGCUCUUCCAUGCCCAGACGCGUACGGAAUUCUCAAAAGCUGCCGUUGGGAGAUGGUCUAGUGGAACAGAGGACUGGCCAAGGUAGAAAAUGUUGCUGGGUUGUAAGCAUAGAUAGCCCUUCAGCAGAGUUGUGGUAUCCAAUGCAAACAAUGUGCAAAAAGGCAAUUCAAAACUCUCCCUUUUAUUCUUAAUAACAGUAAAAGCAUAUGCAUUGAUACAUGCAUUGAUCUACAAUGAUGCACAUUGCAGGGCUGGCCUCCCUCCUACCAGAGACGUAGCCUAUACCACACGCGGCUGACACGCCCAUUUUCUCCGCGUGUCACGGCCCACCCUCUACGCGCCAUCUUUGUGUCCUUGCUAGUCGGCUGGGCACCCCCCCCCCUCCCCAUUGUAUUCUCCCAAUGAUUCACUCUAUCUAUCAAUGCAAUGAUAUGCAAAGCUUUUGCGUAUUCGCGAAAAAAAUGAUGCACAUUGUUGUAUAACUUACCAUGAGAUCAUAGACCGGAUAACUCCACCAUGAUGCAAUAAUUCAAUUGUGUUUUGCAUGUGACGGACAGGUAAGAAUAAAUAGUCUAACACUUGCCUGCAGAACAAUUGGAGUUACAUGGUGUUAUGAUAUUUACCAAGAGGUUAGGGAUCGAAUGGUAAGCAAGUUCCAUCUUGUUGCUUACCUUCCCUGGUUCAUACCCAAGCACAAGGCUGUACUUACCAAUUACAGCGUCAA